AGCAUAUUGAGGUCAUUUCCAACCAUAAUCCUUACAUUCCUCAGGCAAAAGUCACACAUGCAUGCAAGGUGGUGUCUCGUGUGCAGUAACUGACAUUCGAAGCAUACGAACAAUAUUGCCAUGGAAAGCCUCCGCAUUCCAUAGAGAGUAUCAUCGCCAGGGUAUGGCCCAUCGCCGACUCCCUUACACUACCUAAAGCCUUCCGGUACCAUUUCAAAUCUCGCCAGCGACCACGCCUUGGCCUGUCCACCUAUGAAUGCAUCUGCUGGACGUUGACCAGGCUUCAGCCAUUGACUCACAGAGGGUGAAGUUUAUCGCGGCGCAACGGUCUCGCCUAUAACGCAAAUCUUAACUCGUCAUGAGUGCACAAAAGAAGGGCGGCUGGGGUUCGGUCUUCUCCGGAGCCGUCGCUAACCUUGAAUCGCGGCUCGACAACAUCCUCGCACCUGAAGCUGAGGUUGCGACCCGAGAAGCUGCGAGAACUAGGGUCAACGAUCGACUGGCGGAACGUCUGGCGAGAGCGACGCAACAGAGAACACCUUCACGAACAUCCACUCCCGUUAACGACGCCACUGGCGCUCGACCUAGCAUUGACGAGACGCGCUCCGCGGACCACUCACGACCCACCACUUCGAAUGGCACAGCACAGCCUGUCGCGAAGACAGCCGACCAGAACGAAACGCAAUCCUCCCAACCAGCCGCGGAAGACCUCCCCAAGCCGACAACUUCAUCGGAGGUCAAUCCACUACAAAGCUCUCGACUGCCAAUCAAUCCAGCACGUCUUUCGCUCGACAGCACUCGAUUAUCUCUAGACCAGUCGCGCGGAGAUGUUGCGUCGGCAAGGCAGUCACUGGACCUCGCCAAUGGCGCAGGCCACAGUGACCGGGAUGCCGCGGAGCUGCAGGCCCGGAUAGAUCAAAUGGAGGCGGAUUAUGUCCAAGCUGAGCAGCAGCGACAGGAGGAGAUGCACACGUAUUUGGAGCGCAUCGAUGCGCUGCAGGCAAAGUUGACGUAUUUAGCUAAAGAGACGGUUGCAGCGGCAAAAGAAGCCAACGCUUCAAGUGCGGCGUCUGAAGCAGAUAAGCAGGUCGCAGAGAAAGACGAGAGGAUCGCGUUGCUCAUGGAGGAGGGCGAGAAGCUGAGCAAAGUCGAAAUGCGGCAUCUCCAGACGAUAAAAAAGCUGCGAGCGCAAAUCGCAGACAACGACAAAGCAGCGGCUGAACACAAGAGGAAACUCGACAGGGCUGAGCGCGCAGAACUAGACUACAAAUUGAAAUUGCGGAAAUCAGAGCAGGCUGAGCGUCAUGCUAGUGAGAAGGUGAAGAGCAUCGCGACUAUUGAAGCACAAGUGGAGGAAUUGCGCAUCGAUCGCGAAAAUGCGUCAGAGCUUGUUCGCGAAUUGACAAUGCAACUCGCCGAAGCGAAAGAGAAAAUAGCAAAAUUGGAGAAAGAUCUCAGCACAGCACGUGCGGAUCAAGCGACAAUAGCAAAUCUGCAAAACGAGCUGGAAGACGCACAGAUUGAGAAGAAGCUAGCAGAAGAUCGCGCUGCGGCAGAGAUCCGAAAGGCGAAUGAAGCGGCGGCACGUCAAAAAGAACGAUACGUCGCACGCGACGAAGAGCUUCAGCUGGAAAUUGCGGCUCUGGAGUCCCGACUCGAAGCAACACGAUCGCGAGCCGAGGAAGCCAGUGCAAACGCUGGCUCAAUCGGUGUAGACGGAGAAGGCAGUGUCAAACUUAUGCGACAGAUGGAAAGCUUACAGCAGCAAUAUUCGCUGGCAAAGGGCAACUGGGAUACGAUCGAGACAUCUCUGAACGCGCGUGUUGCGGCAUUGGAGAAAGAACGCGACGAAGCCACGCGACGUGAAGGCGAAGUCCGCAAGAAAGCACGCGAUGCCGCUGCUCACUCUCGAAGCCUAGAGGAAGCAGCCGAGGGCGGCGCAGAACAAGUCAAACAGCUCGAGCGAGAAACGCAAGUCAAGCAAGAUCAGAUCUCUGCCCUCGAAGCCAGCCUCGAGCACGCUGAAACCACCCAAGCGGACCUCAAAGCAGAGAUCGACCGUCAGCGGAAACUCUUCGACGCUGAACUCACUCAACGCCUCGAGGACGAAAAGCAGAAAUGGCGCCGCGAAGUCAGCGGCUUCAGCCCGAAUCCCUCUCGCACCGAGUCACCAACGUUCAGCCGCAAGGCCUCGUCCAUCUUCGACUCCUCCAGCGGCCUGCAAAUUCGCCGUGCAGGCGCCCGUCUCGCCUCCCAAGAACUGCCCAGCGGCACCCAGCACGACUCGCGCAUCCACAGUCGGCGCAGCAGCGCGGUACCCAUCCCGGGCCUCGCACGAAUCCCCAGCCUCCCCAGCGACGUAUCGCCAGGCCCCAUCCGACGCGAAUCCGGACCGCCGUCUGACUCCCAGAGUAUUCCGCCCACGCCGUCGAUCGAGAUCGACCAGCAUCCCGGCGAGGACUACGAGGAUGUAUCUUCGCCGCACCAGACACUCGGCGAUUUCUUCAGCACCUCAACGGCGGGGCCGGGGGUUGGGCCGAGCGUGCAAUUGGUGGAGCGCAUGAGUGCGCUGGUGCGCAAAUUGGAGUCCGAGAAGGCGAGUUUCAAGGACGAGUUGAUUCGGCUCGGUACACAGCGCGACGAAGCGAGGAAUCAGGUUGUGGAUCUCAUGCGGGAGGUAGAGACGAAGCGCAAGGAGGAUACAAAGGUAGCAGAUCUCGAAAAGGAUUUCGCAGAGCUGAAGAACCGCUACGAUGCGUCCUUGGAGAUGCUAGGCGAAAGAGAGGAGGAAGUGAAUGAAUUGAAAAUGGAUGUCAAGGAGCUCAAGACCAUAUAUCGGGAACUGGUGGAGACCAAAGUCGGAGGGCGAUGACCGAGGAGUAUGUAUGAUGUGAUGAUGCUGAUUCCUAUCAUGUUUUAUGAAAUCCAAAAGGAGUCAAGGUGGUGGAAUCUCAGGCUUGUUACGUUUAACCUGAAUUAAGACAUUCGAUGAAGCGAAAUUGAGGUUGUUCCUAUUUAUUGUCGCUCGCGCUCAUUACGAUUCCCA